CUCGAAAUCAUCCUUCCCCUCCUCUCCAUCAUCAUCGUCAACAACAACAGCACAAACAGCAAUAUCACAGCUCAGUACAGCACUAUUCAUUCAACUAUUUCUAUCAACUAAAAAGAUUUUCAUUCUACAGUAAAACAAUUAACUACCUUAGGUUUCCAACUACCAAUGUAUGAUCGUAUUAGUGGUAUCAAUUUAACAAUAAUGAAUACAAAUGAAAAAUAUAAAGAAUUAUGGAUUACACGAUAUAAUUUACAAUGGAGAAUAAGAUAUUUCAAUUCACCAUAUCCAUUAUCACCCACGACAACAUGGUCUGUUCUAGUCAAUUCAACUAUUGACGAUGCUAAAAGACGUGGAAAAACAUCAGCUUGGUUGAAUGAAGUUAAAUUAACGCAGCAAUUCAUCCCAACACUCAAACCAACACCAACAUUAAAAAUCGACCAUCUUAAUAUCAAUCAAAAUAAUUUUGUCUAUCAUAAACUAACAUCCAAGUAUAUUUUGGGAUUCAAUUACCCAUGGAAUAGGCACGAACUCAGCGAAUUAGUACAAAACAACACUGUUAUGAAUUAUCGUUGGAUCCCAACAAUAGAUUUUCUACAAUACUCAUCUUCUCCCUCAUUAUCUUCUGACACUUCUGCAUUAUUUUUCAUUGUAUAUUAUAAUCAAUAUUUUCCAAGAUUGUAA